UGUGGGAUCCUGAGCUCUAGGUCUUUCAUAAAGAAACUUUAAAGGAAAAUCUAGGAAAAAUCAUUACUGGGCAAAAUACAUUUUUUAUACAGCAAGCAUUCAUUAAAAUUUGAAGACAAAUUAAGAAGUAGAAUGGGAGCCAACUUAUGUUCCCUGGGAUAACAGAAGACCUCCCAUGAUCCAAUUCAGUGAAUGUCCCUCUCUGUUUCAUUCUUUGCAUUUGCACUGUUCAAAUGGAAUCUUUUCCCACUUAGUAUCACUUGUCCGGGUAAAAGAUCCAGAACUUCAUUGUUUGGCGACUAGACUUGUAGGUUAUAGUCACAAGCCUGUGAUUUUUAGGUUUCUCUGUGCGGGAAAGUUACUGUGCAGUGAGCUGGGGUUGGAAUUUACACUACUACUCUCUUAUUCCACUUUCGUUUUUAACGCAGUUGGGAAAAAACUCAUUUGAAAGUGAGCUUACAGUGCUCAGUGUACUCAACCUGACAAAUAACUGGAUUAUAAAUUCCAGUUUUAACUUACGAUUCUUUUUAAUAGAUGAACCAAAUUUUUAUUUCUGUUGAAACUUGUUUGUUUCAGUUUGUGCAAUGUUCACAGUUUUUUUCUAUGAAGUUAACCCAGUCACCAUUGCUACUGUUAUUAAAGUAUGUGUUAAAAAAACCAAUUAAAAAAAAAGAAAAACAAACAAACAAACAAAAAAAACAGCAGUGGAAGUAAUACAGAGUGAAGGUUAAGCAGAGAAAUCAGGUCUGUGGUAUGACUCAGACUGGUAUUUUAGCUUGGUUCUGUUUUAAAUAUGAUGACAUGAUGUCUUAAACACAAAUGAUGUUGUUUCUUCCUCUUAUUAAAGGCACCUUCUAAUUGCUUGACCUUUCUAUGUUCUGCAUGUACUCAAUAUUGUAGAUGCAUGCGUUACACAACAACAUUGUGGAUACUGGGCAAAAACAUCCUAUCAAAUGAAGAAAAGGAACUGGCUGACAAUCAACAUAAGCCCAGGAUAAGGCUAAGAUGGAAGAGAACAAACAUCUCCAACACAAUUCAAGGCAGGUCAUGAUAUCAUACAGGCUGGAAAAGACUGAUGAUCAUCUAGUCCAGCUGUCCACCUAUCACCAAUAUUGCCCAUUAAAUAAUGUCACUUAGUGCCACCUCUACACAUUUCUUGAACAUCUCCAGGGACAAUGACUCCACCACUUCCCCAGGCAGCCUAAUCCAGAGCCUCACCACUCCUUCUGAAAUUUUCCCUAAAUGCAGCCUGAACCUUCCCUGUCACAAACUUGAAGCAAUUCCCUCUCAUUCUAUCACCUUUACCUGGGGGAAGAGGCCAACACCCACCUCACCACAACCUCCUUUCAGGUUGUAGAGGACAAUAACUUCUCCCCUGUGCCUCCUCUUCUCUAGACUGAUCAAUUUCAGUUCCUCAGCCACUCCUCAUAAGACUUGUUUCCCAAACCCUUCACAGCUUAGAUUCCUUUGUUUGGACAUGCUUCAUGGUCUCGAUGUCUUUCUCGUCGUGAAGAACUUCUGCAAACCAGCUCAGACGGGAGCUCAGGGUUACCUUAUGGCAUACAAUUGUUUUUCUUCCUAUUCCCUUUCUCAAAUAUUCCUGAAGCCUUGGCAGCAAAUACUGAUACCAGCUAAUUACUUCCUCAAGUAUUCCUACUUUACAGGUAACAUUUUCUUCUGUCACUUCUUUCUGAAAAAGUGUAAGCUCAUUAAGUUAAGUUUAAAGUGAACUCCAUUAUUAAUUAGGUGCACACCUUACAAAUAAGGUAAUCAAAUCAAUACAAUUAUAAGGCUAGUGCAGUAGAGGGAACUUUAGGGCCGUGCACUGACAUGUCCUCAGGCUGAGUAGCUAAAAUAUCUUGUAACCACUGUAGUUGUGUCAGUAUCCCACUGGACAAUACUUUCACCAAAACACUUUAAUCACAUUUCGCAUGUAUUCUUCCCUUUAUCCCCUGUUCAGCUGUCAUUUUGUAUUCCUUUUUCUUGAAAGGAUGUCUUAGGUACUUGAUUGCUGUGACUUCACUCUUGUUUUCAAAUAUAUUAAUGAUAAUGUGAGACUGCAUCAGUGCUGUUCACAGGUGAUCCUUUUGUGAUUGCAAUGUCCUCUUUGUCAAUUCUUGCUCUUUCCUAGCGGCAUAAUUGGCAAUUGAAAGCAAUGAAGAUUCCUGAGCCAUAGCAGGCACACCACUUGACUUUUCAAUGCUCAGCAUGUCAUUCUACCCUAAUGCAUGUCAUAUAUUUUUGAAACUAUUACAAAAGACAACUGCAGUCCAUUCUAUGGUAAGUAGCAAUUACUCCAUGUAUUAAGAAAUCCUCUCAAAACCAUAAAUUUAUAGAUACUUGUACAGAGCCAAGAUGUUUAGAGAAAUUUAAUAGCCACUUCCUGAAAUUAAACUAUUUAGACUAAAACCUCAUUAACGUUCUAUUAAUCUGUAGAAUUUCCAGGCCUGCAUUGAGCUUGCAGAUUUCUUUGUGCAUUUUAGGAGGCUGUUGGAUAUAUAAUAAAAAACUGUGGUGAUGUGGAGAGGACAGCUUGCAUGAAGGGAAAGACAUGGAAGGAAAGAAAAGAAGCAUGCUGUCCUGGGACUAAUGGACUGUUGGCGUUAGCUUGGUGCUCCUUGCUGCUGGGCAGGGAGGGAAGCUGUUUCUGUUCAGAAGGAGACUAAGCUCUCUGAGAAGUCAGCAAUUAGGGCACAUCAGCUAUUUAGAGAGGCCAUAAGCUGGGUGGCAAAACCUUUCUGUAAUGCAUAUCACUAUUUCCUGUUAGUGUUCAGUCUCCUACAGCCCUUUCUUUAGGUCAGUGGCCCUGUUGCCUCAAUGAUCUCGCUCCAACUCAUUUGAUGCAAGGCUUGGAAAGCAAGAGGGAUAAAAACAGACUGAGAGCGCCUAGAUGGCUAGUAUGCUAUGAUUUUUUACCUUGUUAAAGAUUCUUACUCUAGGCACUUGGGACUCAGGCUUGAGUGAGAAGACCAACCAGUUUGAUAGCUGUGAGCUGGCAGUAGAAAUUGGAUGCCUUUGCAAGUGCAGGUAGGCAAGAGCCUGGGCAUCUGGGAGACUGAUAUUGGGCUGGGUAUCUGUACAGCGAUUCUUCAGAGACAGAUAGGCACCAAAGCAGUUUCAAGGAUCCAAACAAGCAUACUUACUACAGCUAGUGACUCAUGUCCAUACAGAAAGUUCAGCUUCUGAUUCAGUGUUUUAUUAUUUUAAACUCUUAAUUAAAUCUCUUUGAACCUACAGGUGCAACAACUUAGUGAAGCUUAUUUGUUUUCUUUUAUUUGUCACAGGCUUUCAUUUACCAAAAAAAAAAUAUAGACAGGCAAUUGAACUACGAGAGGUAUCUGAGGGGAUUUUAAUAUAUUUUUGGAAAGUGUAACCUGCUUUGGAUAUUUUCUACUUAUAGGCCUGGGACUAUCAUUUUGUCACCUGAAAAGAUGCAUCAAGAUCAGUUUUCCUGGUAAAUAGACUAUAGUAUAGUUAUAUAUUUUAAAGUAGAUGCUCAUUGAAAGACUGGAUAGUGUUUUUUUUGUCAAAUGACAAAUAUUAAGGAAAAUAUAUUUGGUAUCGUUAUAACAGUUUUGAGAUACGUACUUUUUCUUGAUUAAUGAAAUAUAUAUUAAGGAUUCUCAUAUAUUUUCAUAGCUGCCAGUGAGAUAGCCAAACAUUUACACAUUUCAAAUAUGAGGACGUUGAUUAUUAUAUUGACUUACUAAUGAAUCCAUCAUAAUAAUUACAACAACUCUUGUCCAGAAUAACUGCUGGUACACAGAUUCUUUGCUUUAGAUUCUAUGAAAUUAUUUCACUAUACAUGAGCUUAACUUAUGCUUACUAAUUGUUUCAUGAUAAGUUAGGCUGUUUCAUUCUUAAGGAACUGACUAGAAUCCAGCUAGAAUCCAGGCAGUUAUCCAAAUCACCAAACUUCAGUCAUUCUGUAAUUUUCCUAUCAAUUAAUUGUUCUUGUUCUUUAUUUUUUUUUUAAUCCAAAUUAGAUUAACUUCAUCUGGAGGGAUUUUAGUAGUAUUUCAUGGAUUUAAUUUUCAGAGUGAAAGGAGGAUAAGAAACAAUUGUUAAAAAUGCUCAUUCUUGUUUUAGUAGAGGAAAUUUAAAUCCAUCUCUCCUAUUUGCAAGCUGAUGCCCUCAUCAUUGAGUAAGCAGAGAGAACAGUCUUGUUUUGUAUUCUUGUAUUAAAUAUGUCUGGGAUGUAAAUAAAACAAUUUACUUUGUAUCAAAAUAUGUAAAUGUUUUCUGUUCACGGAAGCUCUUGGAAAACUUCAGAUGCUUUUCAGAACUUUUGGGGAAGGAAAAAGUAAAGGAACAAGCUGAGAAACUGUCUGUGUGCUUUCAAGUAAAUAUGCACAAAGCAUAAAUAAAUUCUGUAGCUUUUAGAUUAAACUUUAAUGUCCACUUCAAAAACGUUUAAUGCAGCUCCUCUGUUUCUUUUACAGUUUGCUUGAAAAGUUUGCAACCAUUUUUUAUACUGUGAUCUUCACUUAGAGGUAGAGUAGAGUACCCAGACUUUCUGGAAGCUGGGAUUUUUGUUUAUAUUAUAAUAAAAAUGUCCACUAGAGUUUUAAUAAAGAGAGUUUAAAUUCAGCUUGAGUCCAGUGCUCUUCACUGUUUUCCUAUGGGUGUCUGAAGGUGUCUGGCCAUUGGGUGCUGAGACUUAUGGGAAUUGUGAAUGGCUAAAAAUUACAGCUUGUGCUGAAAUGUGUUCAGAAUCACCCUGGUCUUGAAAUAUUUUUGAGACACUCCGAGCUGUGGCAUGUUGAGAGUUCCAUGCUACAGGUGAAGUACAAAAUCUCUCCUUCCCUUCAGCCACAGGACUCUCCCUAAUAAUGCUGGAAGUGAAAAUGAAUCAUUUAUGAGCAUCAGUAGACACAUGGGUGGGGCCUCUUUGUAAACUGGUAUUUUGUUGAUGCAAUAAGUGUGACAGCCUUUUAGUUGUGAAUAUAAAUGUUACUGAGAGGAAAUUAGGUUGGUUCGCAGAGGAGAUCAGGCAGACUUUUCGGUGCUUCUUGCUGAGGAGCAGGUACCUCUGUCACUGCUGCGCUUCAGAUACCAGUACAUGUAGAAGGAAAAUGGAAGGUGAGUGCUUCAAAACUUUACUAUCACUUGACUCAGGACUGAGAAUGGAAAUAAUUAGUCAGGUGUGGGUAUAUAAUAAAAAGUUACCUACUACUGCUACUGAACCAAGCCAAGAAAAUACUCCUAUGGUUUAGACUUUUUUUAGAUGAGAACUUAGAAAAAGAGCAACUGCUGGGAAAAGAAGAAAAAAAAAGAAAAGAAAAGAAAAAAACACCCCUUUUUCCUAAAAUAGAAAAUCUAUUAAGAAAAAAAAAAAGGAAAAAAUUAUGGAGAAAAACUAGUGAAACAGCCUUCUGUGAGAAUGAAAAAUAGUACAUUUUACUUCCAGCAUAAAACACAAAGUUCUACUUUCCACUACUCUGGUGCUAGGAUCAACUAUUUCACAAGUUUAUCUGAAGUACAGUUUCUGGAAUUAAUGCCAAAUGUGAACUGAUAGAGAGAACUGAGUGACUGGUAUUAAGGGUUUCUAUCACAGAACAAAAACCUAACUGAGAUAUGAAAUUGAUUAGCCUUUAGUAUUUUCUCUGAGCUGACUUUGCUAAAGAAGGCUUCUUUGUGAUCCAUUUGUGAUAAUUAACUCUGAUAAGUAACCUGUGGGCUGACUUUAGACAACAUCUUUGGGAGCAUGUAAUAUCUCAGCUCCCUGAUGUUCCAGUUUAGCUGGAUUCAUGAGUCAAUGAAAUGUAGUUGUCUUGUUCUAUAAAACCCUCCAGAGGAUAGGUGAGGAUCUAUUAGGUUCUUUCAGUCAGCAUUCAUGACCACAGGAAUUCGUCAUGUGUGCUGUAAGCACUUCUAAUCUUUUCUGUUCAACCAGAACACUUUGCUAAUGAGACAGCUCUCAUUAAGAUACAAGAUUUUCAGUGAUUCUGUUACUCUUUCUUGUUCAGCAGGUAUGAUGCACUCAUGCACCACAGUGACGCAAUGCAUUUCCCUGUGGGUGUUUUUUUGUUGUUGUCUGGGGCUUUUUGGAGCGGGUGUUUUUUUUGUUGUUGUUUUUUCAUAUGGUUUGAAUAGUGUGCAUUCUUUCACUUUGGCAAUGCCUAUGUUGCUUUCUUUGUUGAUUUUUGCUGAAAAGCUAAGUGACCAAUUCAGUAUCAAAAUCAAUGGUGAAUGAAAUAUCUAAUGAUUUUGUUUUAAGGAAAAAAAUCAAUUUUUUCUCCCCCAGACCUUCCUUCUCCAAUUCAUUUCAAUUAUGAUUUACUUCAGGAUGUGAUGCUGAUAAAUCCCACUGGACUGUGUUAGAAGUACCCAUGUUCCACAGACUUAGCUUUAAGUCUUCUUGUAUGUGAAUACACCCUUGAUUCCAUGUGGGAAAAAUGAGUCUGUUCAACUUAGUGCCAAUUUACCUACAGAAGUUAGUUUGCUUGUUCUGCAACUUCAGCAGACCAAACUUUACCUUUCAGAAUUAAAAUAGCAUCCAAGUCUUUGUAGUUCAUUGAGCUCAAUUUUUGAAACUGCUGAGAAUUUUUGGCUCCCCUAGUCUCCAAUUAGCCUGAAACAUUUUUGAAAAUCACAUGUUCUAUGUAAAUAAGUAAAAACGAAUGUUGCCACCCAUCCUUCUGGCACCAGAUCAUAAUUACCCCUAGGAAAUGACUGAUAUCUAGACAGGAUGCCUGAGAUGGGUGAUACAAGAUUUUUGUCAAGACAAUCUUAGUAUUUGGAAUAGGCUGUCAGUAAUUUUUAAAAACCGUAAUUUGUGAAUAUCUCCUUCUCCAUUCAUUUCCUCAAAGAUGUCUUGAUUUGGGUAAUAAAAUGAGUGUAUCCAAACUUUUUAUGAUUCAGAGAAAUAUAGAUAGAAACAUGUACAUAUGCAUGCCCAUUCAAUAUUAUUUGAAACUUGGGGGUGAUAUUUAUUCAUAUUUUUUCAUAAUUGAUUUGGAGUACCAUUUAAUCUUUCAAACACAUGUAUUUCUGAUUUUCAUUUAUUCCGGUUAUUAUUAUUUGUAUAAAUGCCAACUCUCGAUGGCAUGUAAAAAAAGUUUGCUGUUUAGCUGUGGUUGAAAUAUAAUAUAAAUUCCAUUUUAGAAGGUGGGAUAUUGUCAGUUAGUGAGACUAUUACGAUACAAAACCAAUCUUUUGAGUAGAGAUACAAAAAAUAACCUUUGACAUUAGUUAUUUAUAAAGCGCAGAGGUGCUAUAUAAAAGAAGUGAAACUUGUAGCACAGCUUUAUAAAUCAAAGCAUUAUACAAGUUUCUACCUGCAAGCAAAGGAAGCAGUGAACUUCUAAGGACACUUUUAUGAAUGUGUAUCUCAUUAUAUAGUUUUGCAGCGUUGCUGAAAUUUGAACAAACUCUUUACUGUUUUUUUUUUGUUUGUUUUUAUCAAAGCUAUUAUCUCUUUCAUCUUUAUCUCUUUAUCUCCUGUUUCACACAAUCUUGACCUCAUCCUGUGAUGAGGUCAUCAUCAGAUCAUCUCAUCUGUCAUUUUUUUCCUUUAUGUUUCUUCCUCCAUCUUGCAGUCAUUGAACUUGGAGAUGUUGACCUGAACUGUCCUUCCAACUGCCAAAUUCAUAACACCCAUUUCUUCGGAACUGACAGACAGAUAAUAAGGAGAGGGCAAGCCUUCAACUUCUAUGCAAGUUUCCAUAAUCGGGAAUGGGAUGAUUCCGUGGAUCAGGCUACUUUCACCGUGGAGACAGGCCUCAGGCCUUGCGAGUCAAAUGAGACGAAAUGCACCUUCCCAAUGGGUAGAUGUUUAGAUCAAACCUGCUGGAGUGCUUCCUACAAAACUCAUCAGCCAAAAUGCAUCAACAUCAGUGUGUUUCCUCCCUCCAAUGCCUGCCUUGGCCGUUACAUUCUCAACAUGCAGAUCACUUCUUGUGGUCAUACAUACCAGCGUUGUCUUGGAGAUUUUUAUGUCCUUUUUAACCCAUGGUGUGCAGAUGACCCUGUAUAUCUGGACAAUCAGGCCCAAAGAGAAGAAUAUAUUCUCAACGAACAUGGCAUACUGUAUGAAGGAGUUCAUAAACAUAUUACCUCUAGACCAUGGCACUUUGGACAGUUUGAAGAUGGGAUUCUGGACAUCUGCUUAAAGAUUUUAGACAUGGGUGCAAGUUAUCAUCAUGGUUCUGAUCGAGACCAUUGUUGGCGCAAUGACCCUGUGCACGUCAGCAUGGUGGUAAACCACAUGAUAAGCAGCCAUACCACUAACAGUAUCAUGAAGAUUCCAGAAAACAAUGAUUACCUGAAGGGAACGAAACCAUUUUCCUGGAAUGGAAGCGUCCCUAUCCUUCAGCAGUGGUACAACGGUAGAUGCAGACCUGUCAGAUACGGGUACUGUGGGUCUCUUGCUUCAGUAAUGUGCACAGUGAUGAGGUGUUUGGGAAUUCCAAGCCGUGUUGUCACGAACUUCUGUUUUCCAUGCUCUAAUGAGAAUCCUCUUGGUAUCAAUGAGAUUUUUGACUGUACAGGAAAAAACCUCUGUGGCAAGGACAAGCUAUGGCGGUACCACUGCUGGAAUGAAUCUUGGAUGGCUCGUAGAGAUCUAAAUCAAUGUUGUGGUGAUUGGCAGUGUCUGGAUCCAACACCUUUGGAAACAGGCAGAGGCUCAGCUUGCAGUGGUCCUACUUGGGUUCGAAGCAUCAGAGAAGGAGACCUGGACUUGGACUACGAUGGUCAUUACAUGUUUUCUCGGCUGAACUCAAACUAUGCUGGAUGGCUUUCUCAAAACAAUGCCAAAAAAACAAAAGUUUUCUGUGACACUUGGCCAUGUGGACAACAACUAAUUACCAAGAGUGUUGGCAGUGAGCAAUUUGAAGACAUCACUGGGAAUUACAAGUAUGAGCUAGGUUCUGUGAAAAGCAAAGAAGCCUAUUAUCGAGCUUACAGAAGAAUUCACCCAGGGUACUGCAAUGCUUCCAACUGUCAUAUAGACAGAGAGUUAUCAUCUCUGAAAAACCCAUUUUUGAGUGAUAGUGGUAUUAACACAAGGCUAAAGAUGGCUAACUGCCCAAUGUAUGGUGAAGAUGUCCAACUGCUCUGGUUGCUUGAAAAUUUGCGUAGUGAACCCAAAAACCUGAAGUUUAAUUUGUGUGCACAGAUAAUAACAUACAAUGGUUGCCCAAUGGAUCAAUUUUGGAAAGAUAGUGUGACCGUUGCAUUAGGUCCAAGGGAAGCGAAAAAAAUUCCACUGUGUGUAUCAUAUAGUCAAUAUGGACCUUAUCUCAGUGAUCACAACAUUAUGAAAGUGGUUGCUGUCUCAGAUCCAGAGUGUGGAGAAGUUCUGAUGGUGAGCAGAGAUAUCGUGAUCAACAGGCCACCUGUUAUUGUUAAGCUAUUGAGUCAGCCUAGGCUGAAAGUACCAUGUACAGCAGAGAUCUCCUUCUGCAAUCCUCUCCAGGAAGAUAUGAAGAACUGCAUAAUGACUUUAGAAGGCUGUGGUUUAUUCAAAGAGCCAAUGACCAUUGAUUUGGGAACGCUGGCUUCCAAUCAACAGGCACGGACCAUCGUGGAGUUCACACCAUACAGGUUGGGCAGCCACCGGCUCCUAGCCAACCUUGGAUGCCACAAGUUUGCCUACUGCAAAGGAUGUGCCAAGGCUGAAGUGUGUAACCACGUGGGGCAGAACAGCUCCCUGCCUGUGAACCAGAAUGGGUCACUGCCGGUCUGUGAGAACGGGUCCCUGCCUGUUAAUAGCUCUGGGGUGGCCCCUGCAGGGGAGCCUGGGCUCAACUCCACAUGUGAAUACAUAUGUAUCCCUGUGUGCAACCCAAACUGCAAUCCUGGGGGACCACCUGUGUUCGACUUCGUGUACCUUCCUGCAGGCCAUCCCUUAUGCAACUCCAUUGGCAAUCCAGGCUUCAACCCAAACUUCAAUGCUAUGUUUGACCCUGGGUGUGAUCCUGGCUUCCGUGUUAUAUGUGAGACUGUGCCUCCUGCUACAUGUACCCAGAUGCCUCCAACAGUGUACAGCUCCAUGCCUGUCACAACAUCCAACCCUGCAGGCCCCCCUAUGCCUCAUGUCGUGUUUGAGACGGGGUCUGCUACUACACAGCAACCUGGAGGUGGAGGGGGGCCCAUGCCUUAUUCUGUCUCUGUCCCAGCAAACAACGCGGUGAGUGCCCUGUUGACCCACUUCAUGGCUGGCUCCAGUCCUACCACAGCAACCCAGGGAAUUCCCACCCAUCUGCCAUCACACCCUGUGUGCUCUCCAGUCGCCCAUGCUGUCAGCAGUUCCAUGCCACCGCCAGCAGCCAUUACAGUGCCUGCAGCCUCCCUCUCUCAUGUUGUUUGUGGCCCUGCACCCUCUCCCAUUGCCCAGCCUCUCUGUGGCUCUAUAGCCACCCUACCACCCCAGCCCCUGAGCACCCCAGUAGCCCAUGCUGUGUGCUCCCCAGCCCCUUGCCCUGCGGCUUCUCCACUGCCCCGUGCUGCACGUAGCUCUACUCCUGUGGGGCUGCACGUGGCAGGCUCCCCAGCCCCCCGCCCUGUGGGACCCCCAGCAGCCCACUCACUGUGCUCCCCAGCCUCCCGUCCUGUGGGACCCCCGGCAGCCCACUCACUGUGCUCCCCUGCCUCCAUCUCAGUAGGAGCUACAGGAGUCCGCUCUGUGAGCUCACCAACCCCUUGCCCUGAAGACUCAUCGGCCACUUGCUACACAUCCCCCCCAACUCCUCAGCCUCUGGCAGCUGCCACUGCCCGCUCCCUCUGCAACCCUGCCUCUCAUUCCAUCUCCCGGGCUGUUAGCACCCCGGGGUCUCGCUCUGUCUGUGGCGCUCAGUGGGGACCUUCCUAUAACACCACCACUACCACCACCACCCGCUCAGGCUCCCUGUCCAUGUGGCCUCCAACUUCCCGCUCAACAUGGAACCUCACGGGGUGCUCAAGCUACAUCCCCUUCUCCCGCGGCUCCUACAACACACUCUCAGGCCCUCCCUAUAGCUCCUUGUCUCGAUCCUUCAACACUUUGUCCCGCUCAGCCUACAAUACCCUGCCCCGCUCUACCUCUCCCUCUGCCUAUGCCACCCUGCCGCGCUCCACCUUGCGCCCAACUGGCAGUGCUCUGACCCGCUCUGGGGCCCACACCCCUUGGAGCUCCAAUAACAGGAGCACUCUCUCUUACUUCAAACGCAAAUAUCUGUAAUUGAGAGCAAUCUGCUGGGGAAGAACCAAAGCGAGUUAACUACAGCCUGCACACAGGUGCUUUGACAAAAGGUUAGAAAAAGGAUGAUGGAGAUCUGCCUGCAUAGUCCCGAAUAUUUAUCCAUGCAGUUGAGAUGUGUUGGAAAGCAGGCUGCUAGCCAACAGCCAAGAGGUGCAUUUGAUACAAUGUCCAUUUUCCUUGAGAUAUGGUCCGGUGGAACUGACAAAUGAACGUGCUCUCCCCUGGAACCUUAGUGACAACAGUAGUACAUUGCAGGUAAUCGGACUAGAUUGCUCAGUCAGGCUCUUUUAUAAAUGAUCUGCUUUCACUCUCUCUCUUCUUGAUUUCCUGCACUGUGUAUUUCUCAAAUCUCCCUGGCUACAGCCCUCUUAGCAAAUCUGUCUCCCUGCAUAAGAUGCACUUUUCUUAGUUCUGCUAUCACAGCAAUGAUUGCAGAGUCACCUGCCCAACACCCCUUGGCCCUCCAGUCCUGAUAUUGUCUUGACUGAGAUCAGUUCUGCAUGCAGUCAAAUUUCCUCAGUUUUGAGGCACUGAGAACUGUGGAGGUAAUGAAACAACUAAAUUGGAGCAAAUCAACCUGAGUGCUCAAGAAAACAAAACAAAACAAAAGGGCAAUUAUAAUAGAUCUGGUAUUACUAUUCUAUAUAUAUUACUGGUUCAGUAUCAGGACGAAAGGCCAGAGUACAAAAGCUCAGUGAAUGUCUAAUGCCAAUUUAUUGGCUUUCACAGCUGUUUUUUGUACAGCAUAUCUCAAAUUUUUCUCUUAUAUAUUGCAGCAUUUAACCCCAUGGGAAAUUCUCUAAUUUCAAGCCUGUGCUUUCAUUAUUCAAUAUAGCUUCUGUUUUUGAGAACUUUUGUUGACAGACUGAAAUUAGAGAAGGAGGCAUCCUUUCAUUCCAACACCCAGCCCUCCCAAAUGAACAAUUAAAUGAAAGAAAAUGUAUUAAAACUUAUUUGGUUAAUUGAUAUGAUUUCAGUGCUAACCUUCUCCCACUUUUUCUAGAAUCAAAAUAACAUAUUCUCAUAAAAGAACUGUCCUCAAAAUUUGCCUUUCCUUUGUCUGUUCUUCACAAGAGCUUUGGGUUUGCUGACACAUCUCCCAUCCCUCCAUUGUUUUCCUCUAUUGCUCCAUUAGUAGCAAGCAUUAGUGGGGUCUUCUGGUAAAAUAAUUUUGCUGGUACUGUAGAAUUUUCAGCAAUGUAGCAGUAGUAUCUCAGUAGUUCACACACUUAUGCUUUGUGAUGAGAUUGAGCUAUGGGAAAUUUGAAAAGAUGCGGUGUCAAAUGCUAGCUAUGAAUGUAUCAGCUGUGUCAAUUACUUAAUUCUGAGUAAGGUAGAAAUCUUUGCCUGGAAACUGUAGUG